UCUUUAUUUCCUUUCAGUUUCUUGUCGGUAUCAGAAACCCUAGUUUUACGCUAUUAUCCUGCUCUUUAAAUUAACAAGCACAUCUCACAAUUUCUCCACUUUGAUUUUGACAACUGAGAUAUUUUUUCAAUCUCUGUCUGUUUAUCUGCAACCAAUCUAGCGCUUCCAUCUGUUAUUUCCGUCUCGAUAGUACUUGGAGUAAAGAAAGUCUCGCCAUGGCCAGAAGCUCCUUCAAGCUCGAGCACCCUCUGGAACGGAGGCAAGCUGAAGCUGCUCGUAUCAGAGAGAAAUAUCCAGACAGAAUACCAGUAAUUGUGGAGAAGGCCGAAAAAAGUGACAUUCCUGAUAUCGACAAGAAGAAAUAUCUGGUUCCUGCUGAUUUGACCGUUGGGCAGUUUGUUUAUGUGGUCCGGAAGAGGAUAAAGCUUAGUGCUGAGAAGGCCAUAUUCAUCUUUGUCAAGAAUGUCUUGCCACCCACUGCUGCCAUGAUGUCUGCUAUCUACGAGGAGAACAAAGACGAAGAUGGUUUUCUUUACAUGACCUACAGUGGGGAGAACACAUUUGGGUAGAACACCCAUGAUUUCUAUGUGGAGUUUAGCCGAAUUACUGUAAAUAAGACUCAUGAACUAAGAAAAGGAACAUAAAAAGGGGAAAUAAGGUGUAAAUUCUCAACAGCUCCGCUCUGCUUUGAUGUUCCUUU